AUGCUGUCGCUGUUGGCCGAAUCUUGGACCUGGUAUUCUUUCGUGACCUUGGUCGUCCUGUUCAGAUAUGUCUCGAGAUAUGUUCAACUUGGGUCGUUCAGGCUGUUUCAGCCAGAAGACUAUGUCAUGGUCAUUGUGUUUGGCUUCUUCACCACUCUCAUCAUCACCAUGAAUAUUGUGGGCCAAAUGGAUACGAACCUCAUGCUACCCUCUGAUAUCCCGCUUCUCACGCCCGAGUCCAUCAAAUCCAGGAUCGUCGGAUCAAAGCUUGUCCUUGUUGUCGAACAAUCAAUGAUAAUGACAAUAUGGGGAUGCAAAAUAUGCCUCCUGUUACUGUACAACAAACUUACCUUUGGGUUGAAACAACAUCUGGCGGUGAAGAUCGUUGGCGGAUAUGUGGUCAUCAACUUAAUUGCCAUGGAAAUCUUGUACUUCGGAGUCUGGUGCCGACCAUUUCCUCAGUAUUGGGCAGUGCCUGUUGACAACGAACAAUGUUCAGCCGCAAUCCACCACCUCAUCACAAACGCAGUCUUCAACCUCACCUCCGACAUAAUGAUGCUCUGCAUCCCUCUCCCCCUCCUCGUCACCUCUCAACUCCCGCGCACCAGAAAGCUCAUCCUCUGCGCCCUCUUCAGCCUCGGCACCUUCGUCAUCAUGUGCGCCUUGCUCAACAAAUACUACUCCUUCGCGCACCCCUUCUCCCCCAUGUGGGAAUUCUGGUACAUCCGCGAAGCGUCGACUGCGAUCCUAGUUGCAAACAUGCCGAUGUGUUGGCCGCUGCUCCGACGGGUCUUCAACUUGAAGGCUUUUAACGGGAAUUCAUCGGGCGCUCAGCUUUCGACUGCGCGGUCGAAAUCGAUCCCCAUCGCCAGUACUUAUUCUUCUCGAGGAGGGAAUAUUGUGAGAAAGGGUCAGAGUAGUGUAGGAGGGGAAGCCGAAAUGGGGUCUCGGGACAGGGACGAGAGGGAUCUCAAGGGAGGGGGCAAGGGAGAUGUCAGUUGGUGGGAACGCAAUGAUAGUGGUCUUAGUAAGACUGAAAGCGAGGAGUACAUCAUUGGGAAUGGGAAGAAGGACGUCCCGUUGCAGAUUUGGGAGAGUCGGAGGGUGGAUGUCGAGAGUGGCAGUUUUGAGGGUGUUGCAAGGGAGAGGGAUUUGAGGAAAGAUCAGGUUAGGAUUUAUGAUGGCGUUGGGAGGGUAGGGAGAGGGAUGGGGGAAUUUGAAAGUACAGUGAGGAUUGAGGCAGGGAGCGCGAGGAAGACUUCGAUGGGGUCCUUGGGGAGGGGUGACCGGUAA